AUGUUUGCGCUAUUAUCUUUAUUGCAAGUAACUAUUGAUAUUGUAAGUGGAAGUGACAUUAUACAGCAGCAACUUUGGGGUCUACCGUCCGGUCUUGCUUACUAUGUACAAGUAACAAUUGGAUCUCCACUUUAUUCUUCUACGACCUCACGUGACUCUAGUGCCAACUCAUUUAAUCUGUUACUAGACACGGGUUCAGCUAAUACAGCGGUUGUUACGGCUGAAUGCUGCUCACUUACAAAUGAAAAUCUUUAUUCAUGUGCCGACUCAAGUACAUGUGUAGACCAAGGCAAGAGUGUCAAUGUUACGUACGUUAGUAGCUCAUGGAGUGGACAAUUCGUACAGGAUGUUUUCUCGGGACAGGGUCUUGGUAUAGUUGAGAAUAUGCCAUUUGCUGAAAUUACAGCGGAAGAUGGUUUCUUGUCAUCAGGAUAUGAUGGUAUCAUUGGAUUGGCGUAUGAAGCUAUAGCAUCGCCUAUGACUAAUACUCUGACACCGUAUUUUGACCAUGUGCAGACUACUAAGAGACUCAGUAAUAUGUUUAGUCUACAAAUGUGCGGGGCGUUGCAGUCACUCACGUUGAGUAAUGUGUCUGUAGCAGACAGAUUAUAUCUGUAUGCAGGAGAGUUUCUGUUGGGAGGAAUGGAAGGACCGAACGGAGAGACUUACCAUAAGGGAGGAAUUGUUUACACGCCGUUGGUGCAGGAGGAAUAUUAUAAUGUUAUUGUUACAAACAUUGGAGUGAAUGGAAAAAGUCUGGAACUUGAUUGUAAGUCGAUUAACUCUCCUCGAGCCAUUAUCGAUUCGGGUUCCAGCAAUUUGAUGCUCCCUACGAGUGUAUACAGCGCAGUGAUUGCGGAACUAAAGUUACACGUGGAAAGAAUGAUGCCGAAUGUCAGCGACGUUUUCUUUGACGACCAGUCAGCUUGCUGCUCCAGCGAAUGCGAUCCAACCAAUGUCGACUCGAUCAUCUACUCACUACCAAGCUUGACGAUCUCGAUUGCGGUCGACAUCGAGCAAUCACAGCAGAUGACCGUGACCAUUCCGGCCGAGUACAUUUGGCGGCCGCUUGUGGUAUCCACCGGUCUUGGUGAGAUGGUAUGUCGUGUGUUUGGUAUUUCUGAGGGCGAUUUUACGCUGCUUGGCAACGUAUUUAUGGAUGGUCUUUUGACGGUGCAUGAUCGAGAGAAGAAACGUAUAGGUCUUGCAGUAGCAGAUAAUUGCCCAAACGGUGUCACAUCGAGCAAAACUAUCACUGUGGAGAAGCUGGGAGUUGAGGGCGUUUUUUGUGACUGUUUUGGCUCUUCGGAUAGAAAAGGCAGCCUGCUUAGCAGCUACUGGCCAUUCUCCAGCAAGCCUUGCUUCUUCUGGCAGUGGUGGAUGUAUGUGGUUAUUAUGGCUAUAGUCGUCGUCUUUCUAAUGGGGUUUGCGUACAGCUACCUCUUAUGGAAGCGCCGCAAGGUAAAGCAACAGCUUGGAAAUGUUCAAAGCCAACACCAGUUGAAUGUUCAUCGCAACAUUUACUUGAAUGACCACCACCACGACAACUUGCUCCUCGAUCCAACGCAACAAAGCUCUAUGUCUUUGGUGGAGACCUCCACACUUCCAGCUAGCACGGCUCUAAGCAUGAACAGUGGUGUACCCGCUACUGGCGGAUACAGAUUAGUAUUUUCGCCGUUGGCUCACAAUAGCCCAAGAAACGCACCAGCAGCUUCUGCUGCUGUACCAGGUCGAAAGACGUAA